AGAUUGGAAGACAAGUGUGUGAGGGCAAGAGAGGCAGGUGUGAGCGGCAGGCUGUGUUAGGGGAGUGGGGGUCAGGGGAAGAGCGAUGUUGUAGCAGUGAAAGCUUGCAGCAGGUUUGGUCCUGUGACAAUGCUAACCCCCUCUAUCCCCUUCCCUCCUUUCCUCCCUUCCUCCUUCCCCCUGUGGCCCCAAGGCCCCGCCAGCCGAGCCACCCACCCACUCCAUGUAGCAAAAGCUAAGGUGAACAGCGGUCCGGGAGUCAAUGGAGGACGUUCAACAUUGCAUUUCUCUCCAGCCACCACCGCUGUCUCGCCUUGAGUCUCACUCCACUUACUCGUUUUCUUUGAGGAAAUUUUUGUCUGUAGAGAACUAACAAGCAGACGGGUCGGGGAUGGAAGGUGAAUGAUAAACGCACAUUUGUUGUGGAUUCCAGGCUCUGCGAUACAAAUGUGGGUUAUCAGCGAGGUGGAGCGAGCAGCGGCAGUCGUAUCAAGGCUUCCGAGGGGCCGUGCGUCAUGCCAAGAUUGUUUAUUUUGUGUGACCGUCUAGUUUGGGAGGAGAGACGAAUGGUCGUGUCACGUCGCGUCAACUCUACCUCGGCACGGCGGCGCUGAUUUCCAGGGCCUGGGUUUUGGCGUCACCGGGAACAUAGGAACCAUAUUUGUCGCGGACCUUUAGCAGAGAGAGAGAGAGAGAGAGAGACGCUUGAGAUUAAUUGUAGGAAGGAAAUAUGUCAAGGCGUGAUGGUGGACGGAGGGGCCAGAUGGCGCCCACGGCCGCUUUUUAUAUCGCUGUUUUUCUGCCCGAGUACUGGACGUCCCCGCUUCUCGUGGUGGUCUUGCCUGAGGUCCUGAGAGGAGGGCGGGCUGGCUGGCCCUUCCAAGUCGACCAGGACGAACGCACCACUUGUUCCCAGGAGGACGGCGGGCAGCAGCAGGUGUCCUCACCUGAGAAGGUCCCUUAGGGCCGGGCUGAGUGCCGCCUUUGGUCCUGACCUCGACCCGUCUUUUAUAGGAAAGAGAGCAGGGUAGGCCGCACACUAUUGGUGGCAUCUUUCUCGUCCCCCAGGUCACUUUUGGCGAAAUGGACGAAUUAAGUUAAUUGUGGCAAUGGUGUGUAGCUGGCUGGCCUCUCCCCGUCCCUCCUCACCUCCUGCCCCCGCUGGUGUAUUCUCCCAUCCCCUGCCAAGUGUCACUUCUGUGCAUCUCCCCCGGGUCAGUACGCAGGGGCAGAUGUGAUGCUGGGAAUUCCAAUUAGCCACUUCAAUUUAUUACACGUCUGGGAGGCUUCACAUGCAUCCCCAGUGCUCACAGCGAGGAGAGAUGAGCGAUAUGUGGUAAUCAGAUUUCCUAAUUAUCGUGCGCCCGCUCCCAACUACCCUUUCGCAGACAACCGCAGACACCAGACAUGUUGGAGCUCUGAGCCACACUCGAAUUUUGUAGCGUUAGGGAGGGCGUGUAUGGCCAGGCUGAAGUGCACAGAGAAAGACUCUGCCAGGCUUGCCCUUUGCGGCUUCCGACACCACCAGCCUCGACACAGACGUCAACAGAGAGCGGCCGAGUAGCAGCGGCGUUUGGCAACCCUCGCCGUCACCACUGAGCUGCCCCCGCUGUGCUGUUCCCAUUAUGGAUGACUCCCCUUCCCAUUUUGUUUCACUCGUCCGUGUAUCGUGUGGCCAAUUACCUUCCUGAGCGGUAACCAUCAAGAUAAUUGACGAAAACACGUGGUUCACGAGUCAGUGUUAAAUGGACCAAUCCCUGGCGAGUUUACCUCCCCGGACAAGGUUGCCUGCUGGCCGCGGUGGAUAGAGGCGGUGGUAUUGUUGUUCAUUGUUAGUGGUGUUGUGGUGUUUGUGCGACCCGCCCAAUAUGUGAAUUUUAGGGUCGAGGAUUUAAAACUUCCCUUCUCUUCUCUCGACCCACACUGGCGUCCCUAUAGUGUGAGGCUGAAGGAUCCGCCGAACAUGGACAUGGAACUUUUCGAGGCCCUGCUGGCCAACAUGCACCAGAACCUCCCUCAAGGUGGAGGCGGAGCAUACGAUGACGACGUCGAGGAUGAUGACGACGAUUACGAGGAUGAUGAUGACGACGACGACGAUGAUGACUACGAUUAUGGUGGAGGUCACGAGCAUAACAUCCACGCGAUGGCCAACCCCUAUGGAGGCGGCGGUGGCGGCGAGGGUGGCGACCUGUCGCUGCCCACCAUGCAGACAAUGAGCAUUCUGCAGGGACUGCUCAAUAUGAACCCUGCGGCCUUGCCCGGUGGCGUACCUGACAUGGGCGGCGCCAUGAGUGGGCCCAUGAACGGGGGCAUGGGCUCCCCGAUGGAAGCCGGAGGUGGCUUCCUCUCCAACAUGCCUUCCUUCCUGCCUGCCAUGAACACUGAGAUGGCCGGCUCUCUUGCCGGGGCCUUCGCAGGCGGUAUUGGUGCGCUUAUGGACGGCUUCGCCAACGGCGGCGGUGGUGCUGGCGGCGGCGCCAAUAUCAGUGAGUACCACGAGGAUGAUCUUCUCUCCGACGAAGAGGACGAGGAGGACGACGAAGACGAUGACGAAGACGACGAUGAUCUAGACGAGCGAGGUGGCAUGGGCUCAGCUGUGGCGGUGGCAGCGGGCGCGGCGGCUGUGGGGGCAGUUGGCGGCAUGAUGGCUUCCAGACUACUGGGAUCUGGUGCCCCCCACCCAGCUCACAUGCAGCACCCGGACCAUCCCGCCAGUGUCCCGCACCCUGCCCACGCCCAACAUCCAGCCCACGGCUCUCAUCCCGCCCCUCUAGGCUUUACACACCCGCAGUACGCCGCAGACAUGCUCAGCCCUCCUACAGCGCACCCACAGCUGCCGCCCCCCUCGCACCACACCAAUAUGGCGCCGAGCAUGAGUGGAGGCUCCGUGAGAAGCGUCGACCCACUGGCAGGUGUGCCACUGGGCCUGGCGGGCGUGGCGGCCGGUGCCAGCCUUUUGGCUCCCGUAGUGAAUGGAUUACUCAACAACAAGCCCGCUGCCAAGCUGGAUAACUCCGACGCCUCCAGCGUCACCCUGGUAGGUGAUGACUCACUUAACUCCACCAAGACACUCCCAUCCACAGACCGCCCGGCAGACCCCAACAACACUGCCGCCGCCACCGCCGUCGCUGCUGCUGCUGCUGCUGCUGCUGCUGCUGCGGCGGCGGCGCUGGAGAAGACUCACAUCUCUCAGCCCAACAAGGAAGACCCAAAAUCUGCUCCUGCAGAGACAAAACAGGAGGCCAACAAGCCUGAAACCGCCAAACCUGCAACCACCAAGCCUGCAGCCACCCCUAAAAAGGAAGAAGCAGAAAAGAAGCAAGAAAGUGUAGAGGGCGUGACAGACGUGACCGAGGCACGCGAAGAGACACCGAAACCCACACGUGUGCCCUCUCCUAAGGAGGAUCAAGAGGACGACAAGGCAAGUGUCGGUGCUGACUCCGUCCCAGGUUCUGACGAGGCAGUGGACGGCAAGUCAGAUACUGAGAGCGUUAGGAAGAAAACGCCCUCGCCUGUGCUGGUUGAGAAGCUGGGUCGCCUCAGCCCCACAGGAAGUGAGUCCACGCCCGUUCUUGAGUCCGCCAGCUGUGCAUCAAUCACCGACCUUGCCAGCGCCACUGAAUCCAUGCGAGACUCUGAUACCGACAACCAUUCCGAUGCUCACAAUGUGACGGCCAACCUGUCCGACCUGGACAACGACCUUCAUGAGGCGCAGCCCAAAGUGCGCGCCCCGCCGCAAUAUGCCGUGGGAGGUCACUUGCCUAUCGUGAUCGAGAAGCCCACCUUUGGCUGGCAGUCUAUGGUGGGCCUCGACACCGCUAAGGAUGCGCUCAAGAACCUCUUCAUGAGCGAGACCUUCCCAGAGGUAUUCGAGGGGACGCAGGGCACUUGUAAGGGAGUGCUGCUCUUCGGGCCUGUCGGCUCCGGUAAGACUUGCCUUGCACGUGCCCUUGCCAAGGAGGCUCAAGACGCCAUCCUAAUCGGCAUAUCAACGGCCUAUCUAGCGACUCAACCGCCAAGCGAGGCGCCCAAAAUCGUCCGCUAUCUGUUCGACCAUGCUCGCAUGCACAGCCCUGCCGUCAUUCUCUUCGACGAGGUAGACGCCCUCUGCUACGACCGAUCGAGCGAGACUGCGAUGAAAGCCAAAAUUGAGCUGCUGCAUCAGAUCCGAGCACUCACAACCCUCAACCCAGCCUACCCGCCGGGCAUGAACCCACACGCCUUCAAUGACGGUAUCAUGGUCCUUGGCACCACCAAUCAGCCCUGGCUCCUGGAGGAUGACUUACGCAGGAUCUUCACAUACAACAUCCACGUUAAGUUACCUGGCGAGAAGGCGCGAGAGGAGCUGUUUCGUAUGUUCCUGCAGACGCUGCCGCACACGCUUAUUGACGACCAUUUCAAGUGCCUCGUUGCCAAGAGUGAAGGGUACAACGCAGCUGACAUCAACAUGGUGGUGCGGCAGGUGGUGGCCCAGAGGUCACCCACGGAGUCCAACAAGUACAUCCAGAACGUGUCUCGACCCAUUACCUAUGACGAUCUCGCCACUGUCAUGACAGAAUACAGGUGUCGGUUUACGGACGAUGUGGCGAACAAGUACCAGAGCUACAUCAAGUCCGCCACGCACAGAUCAGAGGAGCGGCGGGAGGAUACUAAAAAUGAGGAGAAGGCUAAGCCCAAGGGCGUCAAGAAGUUCGGCCAGAGGAUCGCCAAGUCCAUUGCUGCCGCGCUCGUUGCUGUGAUAGAUUAAUCUGUGUUUAGCUUGUAGUGAAAAGACAGCCCUGGCGCGGCGGCGGCGGCAGCGGCGGCGGCGACGGCGGCGGCGGCGGCGGCGGCGACGGAGGAGGCGGAAGCAGCCUGGCCCGGGCACGGUGCGCCGCACCCUGUUGUAAUUAGCUCUGUAUAGUCUGUCUGUGAUGAAACCAUUUUAAAUAAUAUGUGGACCUGCGCUGUCCACGACCUGGAGUGAGUUGUGGCGGCGAGCGACGUGGCCCAAGGGAUCCCUCUGCCCCAGCCAGGGUCGGAGGAACUUAGUCACUGAGUCAUUACUUCUGAUCCCUACUACUACUGCUACCACCACCACCGCCACCACCACCACCACCACCACCACCACCACCACCACCAUUACCACUACCACCACCACCACCACCACCACCACCACCCAUAAUAACAACAACAACAACAACAACAACACCAUGAUUCACAAGCCAAUGCCCCGCCUGCUGCCUGCCUGCUGCCCGUUGCCUGUGCCCGCCUCGCCAGCGCCCCACGCAGGCAGCAGCCCUUUGGAGCUACAGCCCCAGGGACUACUCAAGUGCUUCUGUGAAUGCCACGUGUAAAAUUGAAUCUGGAAUUGUGGUGUGUCGUGCCUCGGCGGCUCAGUGUGUGCGGUGUUGAGGAGCCUCUCGCCGCGGCCAGGCGGGGGCGUCGACCCGAGGGGGCGGUCGGAGGUGCUGGUCAGUGUUGUACAAAUCUUCUUCGAUAGAUAAUCAUCCAUUUCGCCUAAGUCACGUGAUCUCAAAAGUGCGUAUGUGGUAACUUCCAGUUUUACUAAUAUCAUUAUUGUCAUUAUUAUUAUUAUUAUUAUUAUUAUUAUUAUUAUUAUUAUUAUUAUUAUUAUUAUUAUCUUUUUUUUGGUAGGUGGAAAAAUGCGAAUUCUUUAGGUGAUCUAAAGUGAUAAUCAUACAUUAAGUGUGUUAAUCAUUACAUUGUCUCGUAUCAUGAUCGUGGUAGUUGUUGUCAAGUCUUGAUCCGGAAAACUCGCCCAAAAGACAAGAUCUGAGUGUGUCCGGAGCGUGGCCACAACACGCUCCCCCUGACCCAUCUGUUACCCUUUCUUUGUUUUGUUUUGCGAUUUUGUGGUUAUGGGGAGGUGCGGCGUGUGGCGCACCCCAGUGGCAUUGUGAAGGCUCGCGCGUUGGCUGGCGGAGAGCAUGCAAACUUGUCCCCCACACACACACACACACACACACACACACACACACACACACACACACACACACACACACACACACACACACACACACACACACACACACACACACACACACACACACACACACACAUUAAGUUUUUGACACAAAUUAUGAAAUCCCAUACUAUUGCGUCCCUAUGUUAUAUCUCAAGACUCCCCUCCCCCUUCCCUCGCUGUCACAAUUAUGCCUCGAGCAUUUUAAGAAUCCCUAAGUCCAUGUUCAUUGGCAUUAUCCAACUGUGGCAGUUGAGAGAAAAGCUCCCGCAGCCAGCAAGCGACGCCUGUGGUGUUAUAAAGACAAAAAACUAGUGCCUGUCUCAAUCUCAAAACAGUAUGUUUGUCAAUAGCGAGUCAGCGCCUCCCACGGCCGCGCUUCCGUCACUGAAGGGCUGCCUCGCCUCCAGCCGGGCAGACUCCUACACCUGUUAGACUCAAGUGCAUGAAGUUUUUUUUUUUUUUUUUUUUUCCUCCCCUCCUUACGUACGUACUCCAACGUGGCGCUGCUGGCGGUAUGAGGAGUGACUUCCCUCCAUCUCCCUUUCCUUUUCCUUCCUCUCUCCUCACCCUCCCUAUCCUCAUCCUCCUCAUCCUCGUGGUGGUCCAGUUGUACAGCUUGUGGGUGUGGGCGGCGCUGGGACUAGCGUGGUGCUUCCCUCUGCAGGUCUGGGAUGCGGGGAAUUCAUGCUUCUCUGCUUCUCAUUCAUUGUUGGGUUCAGCAUUAUAAAGAUUUUUCAGUGACCUUUUUUAUAUAUACAUAUAUAUAUAAACGGGGAAAUGGGUUAUGGUGAAUUUCGUUUUAUAUAUAUAUAUAUCGCUUAUAUAUAUAAUUAUACUUAUUUUGUUGACAUUUUUACACAAGUCUGUUGACCUUUUAUUGAAUCCUCUGCCCCUAUCCUAUUCUUUUUUUGUUAUUAUUAUUAUUAUUAUUAUUAUUAUUAUUAUACAUGGAUGUUGUUAACCUCCCGCUGUUCAGCUUAUCUCAUUAGGGAUUCUCAGGACUUGAUGUGAAAUACUAAGUCCUUGUGGAACUCCUCCGUCCCGGCCCAAGGGAAAGCACCUCGCCUGCUGUACACGGACGCCAAGCCGCCCCUUGUUCGCUUAUUUAGAAAUAUGGAUGGCGAGCGAACCUCCAUCUCUUCAUCCACCUCUCCUGCCUGCCUGCCUUCCAUCCCCCACCAUCCGUCCAUCCCUCCUUCCCAUGACCCCCAGCUCGGGCUCUCACUGGUUCACACAUCACCUAGAGCAACGUCUCCGCUAACAGUUAAUUAAAUAAAUCAUUUAUGAUUUUUUUAUUCUGUUGAUGUGUCAAUUCUGAAAGUCCGAGUGAAUUACUCUCACAUUUUUAUUUCCCUCGCACCCUGAUUUCCUUCGUCUGUCACCCCCCCCUGCUUAAUUUUCUCCUUUUCCUUGCCUCCCUCCCCAUCCAUCAAAUGCACCGCCCGUGGUCUUUUUUUUUUUUUUUUUAUGGAAGAAAAUGAUUUACUCAUAAUUUUAAAGUACAGCAUUUUAUAGACCCCUGUUCUUUCCUUUUUUUUUUUUUAGCCGUAGCCUUGUUCGUGCUUAGCAGUUAAGGAUGUAAAAAGGUACUGUAAAGGCUGUGUGACAGUCUGGGUGUGUAGGUGUUUGGCUCCGUGUGCGCCUCUGUGCGUGCUCGAGUGUGUGCACAUGUUUGUGUGAACUAUGGUGUCGCUGGAAGCUUUUUUUUUUUUUUUUUUUUUUUUCCUCUCUCACAAGGGCUUGGGGAGAAGCGUGCUGUUCCCCCGCCCCCCGCCCCUUGUCCCCCGCGCGACCUUCCAUAGUUGUAAAUGACUAUUUCCCCUCCCCCAUCCUGCCCCCCCCCUCCCGUCCCCUCCACCCCUCCUAACACAUUCCCACAGUUAAGUGUAAGAGCGAGGAACAGUCCUCCUCCUCCUCCUCCUAUGUUGACCUGCUCCUGCUGUUGUUUAUCUGCUGCUGCUGCUACUACUGCUUGUGCCACAGCUGUCAGGGGCCUGCUUGUUCUCCCUCUUUAUCUUACUUUCUGGCGCUAGUGUGUGUAUAGGUGUGUCUUUCUGCUCAUUAAUAUUAUUAUUAUUAUUAUUAUUAUUAUUAUUAUCAUCAUUAUUAUUAUCAUUAUUAUUAUUAUUAUUAUUAUUCAUGGUCAGAAUGUGCCUUGUCAGUGCGUGUGAUGUAGUGAAGAAAGUUUAUAUUUGAUCUGAA